CUCAGGAGGUUUAUCUGGAGUCAUUCAUCACUCAAUCACUGCUGUCAUUCAGUUUGGAUGCGGUCUGAAGCGGGUUUAAAAUGCGGAACCCUUCUCUCCUUUUGUGGGUUUUAUUAUUCGUGGACGGUGUAUUUGGUGCUACUGAAGUGUCAGUGUCAGUGUCAGUGAUGAAGGGAGAUUCUGUCACUUUACACACUGGUGUUUCUGAACUACAGAGUGAUGAUAUCAUAGAGUGGAUGCGUGAAGAUGAUCUCAUCAUAGCUGAAGUUAAAAACAACAAAUAUGAAAUUAGGAGUUUCAAAGGGAGACUGGAGCUGGAUCAUAAAACCGGAUCUCUCACCAUCAAAAACAUCACAUCUCGACAUGAAGGAACUUAUAUACUAGACAUCGGGGGCAGAAAUCUGAUAUCCAAGAAUUUCACCGUUACUGUCCAUGAUGUUGUGGAGUCAGUGUCUGUGAUGGAGGGAGACUCUCUCACUCUACACACUGGUGUUACUCAAAUACAGGGAUCUGAUGUGAUACGGUGGUUUGGAAAUCAAGGCACCCUCAUUGCUGACUUAAAAAUGUCGAAUCCUGAACCUCUGAGGUUUCGAAUGAGAUAUCGUUUGUCAUUUUUAAUUAAAACUGUAAUGUUAAAAUUGUUUAGUAAUUGUAAACAAACAAAAGCUGGAACCAUCGAUGGUCUCGAGCAAGUUAAUGGAUUAAACAGCGCUGCUCCCUCGAGAUGGAGUAACAUUCAUCUGAACGAUAAGACCCGAGAUCUCACCAUCAGUAACAUCCGAAGAGAUCAGUCUGGAGUUUAUAAGCUGGAGAUCACCAAAACCACUAUGAUCUUACACAGGAAAUUACUUAUUACUGUUGGUGCCGCAAAGACUGUGUCAGUGAAGGAGGAAGAACCUGUCACUCUACACACUGGUUUUACUGACAUACAAAUAUUUGAUCUGAUAUUGUGGAAGUUUGAAGACCAUCUCAUUGCUGAAAUCAAUAAAGGGACCAAUCAGUUCAUAGUACGUGAAAUUUCUGAAGUGAGAUUCAAAGGCAGACUGCAGGUUAAUGGAAAAACAGGAUCUCUCACCAUCAGUGGCUCGGAAACCACAGACUCUGGAAAUUAUGAUCUCACUAUGAGCAACAAAAUGUGCACCUUACACAGGACCUUCAGUGUUACUGUCAAAGCUACACCGAAGGUCCACACUGAAGAUCCAGGUCUUCACCCAGCUUAUACAGCACUGAUAUGUGUUUGUAUAGUUGUCUUAGUUGCAGUUACAGUUGCUUGUGUGAUUUGCUGUUGCUGCAAGAAAAGCGGAGUUAUUUAAGCUUGGCCUCCAGUGUGGUAAGAUACCUGUUUCAGUGAAGAUCAUUUGAAUCAUCCUCAGGAUCAGCAUGAAUCCAUCCAUUACCGUACAUAGCCACUGUAUAAACAAGCUGUAUAAAUGAACAAGAGCUCUAUUUGCUAUAAACAGAGAAGCAAGGUUUGGUUGAUGCAUUAGUUUAUUGACUCGCACAGUGUAAUGUGCAGCACUACAUGUAUUAAAACGUUGUGCUUUUAAUAGCUUUCAUCUUGAAUUUCCAUUUUGUAAUAUCCCAUUUUUGUAGCAUAUUAAUAUUUCUAUAAAUGUAUUUAUUUUUUACUGUUUUGCAUUUUGCUUUGUGAAUUAAAAAUGAGCCUUUUGUUGCGAAGCUGAAAUGCUAAAUAUGAGCUGAACGUAUACAGAUUUACAGCUGUUCCACUUAAUAUUUCGGCACAAAUAGUGUUUAAAAUGCAUCAAAAUCAAGAAAUGUAGUUAGCAUUCAUUCAGCCUUUAACUGAAUAUGCACUAUAUGUGAAUGAGCAUCAUAAAAAAUAUAAUUAAAAAAUGAAAAUUAUAAUUAAAAA